AUGGCUCUCAACGUCCCAGGACUUGUAGCCACAUUAAUAUUUUACUUACUGGUGCUGGGGAUAGGUAUUUGGGCUUCCAUUAAAUCCAAAAGAGAUAAAGACAGGACACAGGCAAACCAUGCAGACAUGGCCCUGCUGGGAAACAGAAAGAUCAGCCUGGUGGUCGGCAUCUUCACCACAACUGCUACCUGGGUUGGCGGGACCUUCAUCAUUGGCACAGCUGAGACAGUGUAUGAUCCAAAGUUGGGGUUGAUUUGGGCUGUGAUGCCAUUAGCAGCAACAGUGGCCUUCAUUCUUGGUGGCCUUUUCUUUGCUGAGCCAAUGAGAGAAAAGAAGUACGUAACAAUGAUGGACCCUUUCCAGAUCAAGUAUGGACACAAACUAACAGGACUUUUGUCUGUGGCACCGCUGAUGUCAGAAAUUAUUUGGGUGACAUCAACAUUGAUAAGCUUGGGUGUAACGAUGAGCGUGAUCCUUGAUUUGUCCUAUGCCGUGUGCAUCUGGAUUUCUGCUGCCGUGGCCAUCACCUACACCCUUCUUGGGGGACUCUACUCAGUGGCCUACACAGACAUCAUACAGCUCACUCUGAUCUUCAUCACUUCGUGGCUGUGCGUCCCUUUCCUCCUAAUGAGCCCCUCCUCUGUUGAUAUCACCACCACAUCUUUCAACCACACCUUUCAGGCUCCAUGGGUUGGCACCCUGACAGCAGAUAAAGCCUGGAAGUGGAUUGAUAUCUUUUUACUCCUGAGUGUGGGAGACCUCGGUUUCCAGGAUUUUCACCAGAGGACACUGUCAGCCUCUUCCUCCACAACAGCUAAGCUGAGAUGUUACGCUGCAGCCUUUCUCAUCCCCACGUUUGGAAUCCCUCCUGUGCUCAUCGGAGCAGUGGCUGCAUCCACAGACUGGAACCAGACCUCUUACGGCUCUCCACCUCCCUUUGAACGAGGACAGACUGGUCUGAUUCUGCCUCUCUCCUUACAACACCUUACACCACCCUACAUCUCCGUCGUUGGCAUUGGAGCUGUGGCUGCUGCUGUGAUGUCAUCAACCGACUCUGCCUUGUUGUCUGCAGCCUCCAUUUUUUCCUCAAAUAUCUACAAGAAGACCCUGAGGACAAAGGCUUCAGACAAUGAGAUCCGGUGGGUGAUCAGGAUUUCUGUGGUUUUAUUUGGCCUGGCUGGUACAGCGCUCACCUUCCUGCACACCGGCGUUAUGGCUUUCUGGGUCCUGGGAGGUGAAAUCGCCUACAUGUUGAUGUUUCCACAGCUAGUCUGCGUGCUUUUUUUCAAGAUUUCCAAUGGUUACGGUGCCACCGCAGGAUUCAUCCUUGGGCUUUUUUUUAGACUUCUUUGUGGAGAGCCCUUGAUAGGGAUACCACCUGUCAUCCAUUUUCCAGGAUGCACCCUUGAAGAUGGGGUUUAUGUUCAGUAUGCCCCUAUCAGGACUAUCUGUUUGUUUGUUGUUUUUGCAACAAUUUUGCUGGUCUCCUACCUUGCUUCACUUCUUUUCAACAAAGGACUCAUACCGGAAAAGUGGGAUGUGUUUCUGGUCAAAGACCUGCACCUAUCAAAAAAACCAUUACCAGCAAAUGACACGAGCAGCAACGGAUGCCACAGAGAACAACCUGAGUGCAAGGAUGGAGGUGUGACAGAUUCAAUGUUGGAGACAACUUGUUGA